GUUUGAAAAUAAUAAUUAGCUUCAAAAAUGGAUUUUAUGAAUUUUCAUCAUCAUUCUAUUAUUAAUCAAAAAGAUGAAAAAUCCUGGAAACAAUUUGCCACAUUUGUUGAAUCUAUUGUUGCAUUUCUUGCAUGUAAUGAUCAAACUAAAUUUCUAAUCGAUUGGAUUGAUGAACAACGACAACAAAAAACAAAUAAUGAAGAUAAUAUUCUGAAUGAAUUGAAUGAAAAUAAUGAAUUUAAAAUGGUAUUGUCCAAAUAUUUUGAUGAAUAUUUUUUUGAAAAUGUAAAUAUAGCCAAUGAUUUGUAUAAAAAUCAUGAAAGAGCAUUGGAAUUUUUUAACAAUAUAACCACUAAAAUGGCUGAACAAAAAUGGUCCGAAUCAUUGCAAUUAAUAUCGAAUUCUAUUCGUUUUUGUUGUGUAAAUAGUGAUGAUAAUUUGCUCAUACAACUCUAUGAUAAACGAUCAAUUGUAUUCUAUCAGCUAAAACAAUAUCAUGAUUGUAUUAUGGACAUUCGUGAAAUUUUGGCCAACAAUUUUAAUAAUAAUAAUCAAGAAAAAAGUUCAAUGAUUAAAUUCUAUUUACGAAUGGCUCAAGCAACCGUCAAUAUAAAUGAUCAAUGGGAAGAUUUAAACAUGCUGUCCAACAUUAUAAAUGAUUGUCGAUCAAUAAUGGAUAUUCUUAAUGAAAAAGAACGAACACAAAUGGAAAAAUUGUUGACAUUGAUGGAUUCAAUUUUGAAUAAAAAAUGUGAAGAAUUGUCUAAUCGAAAAUCUAAUGACAAUGAUAAGACAAAAUCAAUGAAUUUGAUGGAUUUAAAAAUUCACAGUCCUCAUCCUAUAAUUCGUGGUGCAUCAAACAAACUGGCAAUAACAUGGAUCGAUGCUCAAACAAAACGUGGUUAUACAGCUCAAGAAAAUAUUGAUGAAGGUGAAUUAAUUUUCAAAGAAAAACCAUUUGUUUGUCAUUUUUUUGACCAUACAACUGAUUCAUAUUGUGGUAAUUGUUUACGUCGACUUUGUAAUCCGAUAUUUAACGAUUCGGAAGAAAAAAUGGAAGAAGACGAAGAUACGAAUGAUAGGAAACCUGAAGAAUUGUCAGACUUUGAAAAAGAAUAUAAUCAUUUUGUUCCAUGUACGUCAUGUAGUAAAUUUAUUUUUUGUUCACGAAAAUGUCGUGAUGAAGCAUAUCGAUCAUUUCAUCAACGUGAAUGUAAUCAUUCAUUGAUUCCAUUGGAAUCUGAAAUUGGUAUCGCAUAUAUCGUUGUUCGAUUAGUAUGUCGAUCAUUUAAUUCAUUCAUUGAAUUGGCUAAAAAACAAACAACGGAUAUUAUUGAUGAAACAAAUUUACAACAAUCAUUAGAUGGUAAUUAUGGAUCGAUUGUUCGACUUUUAACACAUGCUGAUAAACAUGAUAGCGAUUCAAAAACAUGUUUUUUAUUGACGGCAUUCUUUUUGCAACAUGUAUUUAAACGCUAUAAAAUGUUUGAUGAUGAUGGUGAUUGUUUUUAUUCAUCGAUUGAUAUUUUAAAAUUAUUAAUUCAUCAUUUACAACAAAUGUCAACAAAUUUAAUUACAAUUUUUGAUCAGAAUUUAGAUCUGGAAAAUAUUGAUAAUUGUAUUGAAUCACCAAUCGGUAUUGGUCUUUAUCCGAAUCUAGCAUUAUUCAAUCAUAGCUGUGAUCCAGAUAUUGUUCCAAUAUAUAAUAAAGGAUCAGAAUUAAUAUUCAAGACCAUAAGAAAGAUAUCAAAAAAUAAAGAAAUUUUUUUCUCAUAUGGUCCAACAUAUAAAACAACAUGUGUUUAUCAACGGCAAAAAUUAUUACAUGAACAAUAUUUUUUCCACUGUCAUUGUAUGGCUUGUAUGGAAAAACGUGAAAACUAUGAUAGUGCCAUUCUUUGUCCAACUUGUUUUAAACCAUCGUUUAUUGAUUGUUUAGACACCACGAAAGAAAAAAAAUAUUUUUUGAUCUGUCAAAAUGGCCAUCGUUAUGAUGAUAUUGAGCCAAUUAAACAGGAAAUUUUACGUGGUAUCCAAUAUCAGAAAGCUGGUUUACAUUUCUAUCAAUUAGCUGUCGAUCGUAAUGAUGAUGAUGAUUAUGUUGCAGCCAUUAUAUCAUUCUAUAAAGCUGAUGUUAUUUUUACCAAUACAUUGUAUUGUUUAAAUGCAUUUUGGUUAUCAUUGAAAAGACAAAUGAUUAAUUGUUAUGUAAAAAUGGGCCAUAAUGAUCGUGCUGUCAUUUAUUGUAGACAGAUAAUAUCUAGCUUUUAUAAACAUUCUAUUCAAAAUGAACAAUUGCCUAUAUUGAUAAUGGAAAAAAUUCGUUUAAUCAAAAUUUUACGUUUAUUGAUUGAAGAAAUCGAUGAUGAUGAUGAUGAAUUAAGGCGUUUACGUCGUGAACUUAAAGGUCUAAUUGAUUAUUGUCUCAAUUAUGUUGAAUUAAUUAAUCAAAAUGAUUUGAAAAUGCUUCGUGAACAAAAACAACAACAACAACAAUCGGCAUUGAUGUAACAAUUUUUUUUUGUAUAUUUAAUUCAUCAAUUAAUUUUAUUUUCUACCAAAAGAUGGCAUCGUAUUAUUCACAAUUUGAAUGGACACAAUAUUUUCAUGUGAAAAAAUUUUAUUCCUUCAAUACAAAAAA